AUGGCUCAAGAUACUAAAGAGUUCCCUCCCAUCAGAGCAUGUCUCUUUGACAUGGAUGGCCUCCUCCUCGAUACCGAGGAUAAAUACUCCGAGAGCGUUAACACAAUGCUCGAGCGCUACGGCCGCCCCCCAAUGCCAUGGUCCGUCAAGGCACAGCUCCAAGGCCGCCCCGGCCCCGCCGCUGCAGCCAUCUUCCACGAGUGGGCGCAACUACCCAUCCCACAAGAGCAGUUCACUCUCGAGCAAGCCGAGAUCCAGCGCAAGCUGUUUCCAUCAGCGGCACCACUACCUGGUGUUGUCGAGCUCCUGAAGAACCUUAACUCCGCGAAGCCCAAGGGCGCGAAGGAUGGGGAGAAGCUGCACCUGGCUCUGGCUACGAGCUCGCAUACCGGGAACUUCAAGCUGAAGACCGAUCACCUGGGACACUUGUUCGAGGUGUUCGUGGAUGCGAGGCGUGUGCUGGGAGAUGACCCGAGAAUCGCGAAGGGAAGGGGUAAGCCAGCACCAGAUAUCUACUUGCUCGCUUUGGAUAUGGUGAACGCUACUCUAGCAGAAGGGGAGGCGCCAAUUAAACCAGAAGAGUGCCUUGUAUUUGAGGACUCUGUCCCAGGUGUUGAGGCUGGAAGGAGGGCGGGUAUGCAAGCUAUUUGGUGCCCUCACCCAGGUCUCAAGGAGGAGUUUAUUGGAAGGGAAGAUCUUGUCUUGGCAGGUAGAAUUCCUGAUGCUCAGGGUGUCAUUGGAGAGGGCGCAGGAGAGAUUGGUGACGGAUAUGCCCAGUAUCUCCUCACGUUGGAGAACUUCCCGUAUGAGAAGUAUGGAAUCGUGGUUGAGAACUAG